CUGUUAUAUCUUAGUAUCUACGAAUGUGUGUAAUCCGUUCUCAAGCUUUUAAGAACCCCUCCCUCCCCCUGUACGAAUUUCUCUUCUUCAAACAUUGUUUUUCGUAUCACUUGCUGCUCCACUCAGCGUUUUCUGUCCCCUUGUACGCGUUUUGUGUUUGUGUUGCCUCGGGCAAACACAAACACAGGAAUGAAAUACUAAUCGAUUAGUUGGACUUGGAUAUAUAGAGACAUAGAUAAUGGCAAGUUUACGAGGCAGUGGAAAUGUAUCAACUUCUUUAGAUUCACGCGGCCACUGGGAAGUUUGUGUGGAAAACGAUAGAAAUGUGGGGUCUUAUGGCAUUUUCAACGGGGAUCGUCCUUUGGAUUUUGUGCUUCCUAUAACCUUGUGCCAACUCGUACUCAUCGUUAUAAUCUCUCGAACGCUAUGCUUUAUUCUAAGGCCUCUAAAAACACCCAGAUUCAUCUGCAAUGUCCUGGGUGGCGUUAUUUUGGGGCCUACAUUUCUGGGGCGCAGCAAAACCUAUUGGCAGACUCUAUUUCCUCCAAGACAAGCCGAGUAUCUAAUCUUGGCGUCCUUAAUCGGCUCUAUAUAUUUUCUAUUCUUCAUUGCAUUGAAAAUGGACGUACUCAUGACAUUGAAAGCAGCGAAAAGUACUUGGCGACUAGGAGUAGUGCCCUUCCUUGCUUCAUUCACUGCUAUGUUCAUACUCCUAUCAAUGCAUUAUAAUCCAUAUAACAUUCCCCCAGAAAACAUAAAACUCGCACGUGUCUCGAUAAGCAUUUUAAUGGCAAUAAGCAACUUCCCCGUGGUGUCUGAUGCAAUGAUCGAACUCAACCUCAUAGCUACGGAACUAGGGCAAAUGGCUCUCUCUUCCGCCAUGAUCAACGACCACAUCCUGUGGUUGUUUUUAGUGUUCCAUCGCUUUGCCUCGGAGAAAAUACUCAAAGAUUCUUUCAUAUUCUUAGCGAACUGGAUGCUGUUCUUGUUCUUCAGCGUUUUCGUUCUGCGACCAGCGAUGAAUUUGAUUAUUAGGAGAACCCCGGUGGGGAAACCGGUGAGUGAAGUGUAUGUUGUGUUGAUACUGGUGGGGGUGUUGGUGAUGUCUGGUGUUGGGGAUGCGAUAGGUGUAACGUUUCUGAUGGGGCCGUUGAUGUUCGGUUUGAUCAUACCGAGUGGACCACCCUUGGGAUCAACGCUUGUGGAGAAGAGUGAAGUUCUUGUGAUGGAGUUUUUUCUACCUUUCUUUUUCGUGUAUAUAGGAUUCCACACGGACUUGACUGCGCUCAAGGAUUGGCACUUGUUUUUUACUCUGCAGAGUGUGUUCAUCGUGGGGGACGUCAUCAAGUUGCUCGCAUGUGUGCUGGUUUCUUUCACGUACAACAUUAGGCCCAAACAUGGCACUGUGCUUGGCCUCGCCAUGAACAUCAAGGGCAUAACCCAACUCAUAGGUUUCGCAAUACUCAGAAAAAUGAAGAUGUUGGAUGACGAAACAUUCAGUCAACUGGUCUGCUGUGUGGUGUUCAUCACCGCGAUAGUGACACCCUUGAUCAACUAUUUGUACAAGCAUCGCCCUCGAGCGCACCAAACAGCAACCUUCUACGAAGGCCAAAUGAGAACCAUCCAAAACGCUUCAAGAAACUCAGAGUUUCGCAUCAUUUGUUGCGUGCACAACGAAGGAAACGUGCGUGGCGUCACUUCGUUGUUAGAAGCAUUAAACCCAGUGCUAGAGAGCCCCAUAUGCGUCUACGCCAUCCACCUCAUCGAACUCUUGGGGAAAAGCUCACCGAUUCUUCUUCCCAUAAACUUCAGACACAAUAGAAGAUUCCUGUCGGUGAAUUACCCUAACACCAACCACAUCAUGCGUGCCUUCGGAAACUACUCCUUCAACUCGACUGGCCCCGUCACGGUUCUUCCCUACGUCAACGUGGCACCGUACAAGAGCAUGCACGACGCCGUUUUCAACCUCGCGGAGGACAAGAUGGUGCCUCUCGUCAUCGUCCCCUUCCACGAAAACGACAACACUGACCACGUCAGCUACGUGGCAUCGUCCGUGCGCAAGAUGAAUUCUAGUUUUCAAGCGCACGUGCCAUGCACGUUGGGGAUACUCGUGGACAGGUACUCGCGGCUCGGCGCCACCAAAAACCCUAACGUGUUCUUCAACGUGGGCGUGUUCUUCUUGGGUGGACCCGACGACAGGGAAGCCUUGGCGUUGGGGAUUCGAAUGUCGGAGCGAGUGAACACGAGGGUGGCGUUGUUUAGGUUUAUCAUGAACGAGAAAGAAAGUGGUGAAUCGUUGUUUGAACCGAGUAGGGAACAGUGUGAGGAGAAAGAGGAUGACCUAAUGUUGGACGAGGGUUUAGUUGAUGAGUUCAAGAACAUGAAGUAUAGGGAUUGUUAUGCUUCUUGUUAUGAGAUUAUGGUGAAUGAUGGAAUAGAGGUGUUGGAUGCAGUGCGAAGAUUGGAGGGAGAUUAUGACCUAGUGAUGGUGGGGAGGCGCCAUACGAUAGGGUUGAAUGGAGAGGAUAUGGCGAGUUUCAUAGAGAAUGCUGGGGUUUUGGGAAUAUUGGGGGAUAUGUUGUCGUCAACGGAUUUUUGUAUUGGGGUCGUUCCGGUUUUGGUCACACAGUGUGGUGGGAUGAUACUAAAUAGUACUAAGCUCGAUAGAUUAGGUUCAGCUAAUGCCUCUCAAAGAAGUUUCAAUAUAACCGUGUAAAUAAAUGUUUUAUGCUUGUACAUAUUUUGGAUUUGUUCAUAAAUUACUUUAGGAAAUAGGAUGGGCAACAAUUUUUAUAGAGAAAUGUAAAUAUUUAUCUCAUUUUGUUGUGUAUUGGGUAGUAGGAAUGAAGAGAUAGAAAUAAAAAGAAAAAAGAUAAAGUGAGAUAUACUUAAUUAGUAUAUAGGAUGAGUAAU